UACAACCAGGGCAGGGAUAGGGAGGAGGUGGCCGAAGCGCUUCUCUGGCCGAGCUGGGCCAAACGGAGGGCUGGUGCCAGCUACUACAGGUCCGGGACAGCAGCAGAAGCCGAGCCAGAGCCUCGGGUGCCGUCGCCAUGCGCUGGGUCCGGGCACUGUGGAAGAAUGCGUCCCUAGCCGGGGCGCCCAAGUACAUCGAGCACUUCAGCAAGUUCUCCCCGUCCCCGCUGUCCAUGAAGCAGUUUCUAGACUUCGGAUCCAGCAAUGCCUGCGAAAAAACUUCGUUCACCUUCCUCCGGCAGGAAUUGCCCGUGCGCCUGGCCAACAUCAUGAAAGAGAUUAACCUGCUUCCCGACCGGGUGCUGGGCACCCCCUCAGUGCAGCUGGUGCAGAGCUGGUAUGUCCAGAGUCUGCUGGACAUCAUGGAAUUCCUGGACAAGGACCCAGAGGAUCAACGGACCCUAAGCCAGUUCACCGAAGCCCUGGUCACCAUCCGGAACCGGCACAAUGAUGUAGUACCUACCAUGGCACAGGGAGUGCUGGAGUACAAGGACACCUACGGCGAUGACCCGGUCUCCAACCAGAACAUCCAGUACUUCCUGGACCGCUUCUACCUCAGCCGCAUCUCCAUUCGCAUGCUCAUCAACCAGCACACCCUCAUCUUUGAUGGAAGUACCAACCCGGCUCACCCCAAACACAUUGGCAGCAUUGACCCCAAUUGCAACGUGUCUGAUGUGGUGAAAGAUGCCUACGACAUGGCCAAGCUCCUGUGUGAUAAGUAUUACAUGGCUUCACCUGACCUAGAGAUCCAGGAAAUUAAUGCCACCAAUGCUACUCAGCCCAUUCACAUGGUCUACGUCCCCUCCCACCUCUACCACAUGCUCUUUGAGCUCUUCAAGAAUGCCAUGCGGGCCACUGUGGAAAGCCACGAGUCCAGCCUCACUCUCCCCCCUAUCAAGAUUAUGGUGGCCUUGGGUGAAGAAGAUCUGUCCAUCAAAAUGAGUGACCGAGGUGGGGGUGUCCCCCUGAGGAAGAUCGAGAGGCUUUUCAGCUACAUGUACUCCACAGCCCCCACACCCCAGCCUGGCACUGGGGGUACCCCACUGGCUGGUUUUGGGUAUGGACUCCCCAUUUCCCGUCUCUAUGCCAAGUACUUCCAAGGGGACCUGCAGCUCUUCUCUAUGGAGGGCUUUGGGACAGACGCCGUCAUUUAUCUCAAGGCCCUGUCCACGGACUCAGUGGAGCGUCUGCCUGUCUACAACAAGUCUGCCUGGCGUCACUACCAGACCAUCCAGGAGGCCGGUGACUGGUGUGUGCCAAGCACAGAGCCCAAGAACACAUCGACGUAUCGGGUCAGCUAGGGGCCUUCUCUCCCUGGCACCUGGGAGGAUGCUGCCACCUCUGAAUCCAGCCACCACAGGGACUUUCCCUAUCCCCUGGGGUACAGAAUCUCAGUGACCCAUCUGUGGUGGUCCCUAAGUGCCAAUCUGUCUCUAUGGAGAAACCUAGGGUGUUUCCCUGGAGUCUAGUCUCCAUGGUGAUGCUUGAGGGUUGGGGAUGGCUCUACCUGUUGGGUACCCCAGAGACACUUCUCCAUGGCUGUUCUCCCAAGACCGGAGCUGUCAGUUUUCUACCAGAGACCCCAGGUCCCCCUCACUGCCUGCAUAGUCCUGGCCUUCCGAGUGGCUGCCCCGCUUGCCUUAUGCCCACACUCUGGACAGGUAUACUGGGAUGUAUCCUGUGUCUGUGUUAAGAAGCAUGGAGUGCCCUCAGGUCUGGAGAGAGGAUGGGGGGAGGGGGUGCACCCUUGACCUGGUCCUGCAGCCUCUCUCUGCCUCUACUCUGGACACCAAGGCUGCAGCUGGGAACUUUGGAGAGUGGGUGGUGGUUUUCACCCAAGGCCCACGUCUAAAUUAGCAGCACCUGGGAAAGCCCAGAAGCAACCUGCCCCACUAGGAUUCCAGGACGAUCUUGGCAAUAUUUGUGCCACUUCCUAAACCCUUGCCCAGCAUGUCCUCACAUGCACUCCCCUGCCCAGUGUACACCCACCCUAUCUUGCCUGCGCUUUAGACCUCCCAAUCCGCGCCCUUCCCUCCCCUCCUCCGUGCCCACCAUGUGUGCACAGGCGACCCAUCCCUAAGAUAUCCUAUGUACAUAGCCAGUUUUGUAAAAUCUUAGACGCCUCACCCUUCCCCUCAGCUGUGUGCCCCUCCCAGUGGCUGGGAUGGUGACAGUGACAUCCACAGUAAACAGAUGAAAUGA